CGCCGGCAACAAAAACCAGUGUAAUUUAUUCUAGUGAACUUUGCCGCUCCAGGCGGUCUCCUCUUCUCUCACCCCCAAUUUCAAAUUUUUCCCAAUUUUACCAAGUACUGUGGCUCUGACACCCCGUGAACUACCGCCCAUAAUUGCACAAAGGAGAACCAAACUACCCAGGUCCCCCAGAAAGGGGAAAUUUGCAAAUGGCAGCUACUUCUCCUACAACUACCAAACUCAACGGAUUACCCUUUUGCUACUGCCAUCGUCACUCUCCGCCCUCUGCUUCCUCCCACCUCGACCGCCUCCUCUUCCCACCAUCCACCCUCCGUCGGAGCUCUCUCCUUCACUCCAUCGGCGACGCUGCUAGAUUCCCGGCACUAUUCGCUCGCCGAUUGAAGCGGUAUCCUAAGUCGGCGGCGGCGAUGCUUCACCAGGACCCGAUCCUGUCGGACGCUAUAGCGACCGGAUUGUCUGGAGCGGUCGCGCUCUCGGUGCUCCGGCUGUUUGAGGAAACUGCCAAGCGCGGCAUCUUCGACCAGAAAAUGAAUAGGAAGCUUGUGCACAUAAGUAUUGGGCUAGUUUUCAUGCUUUGCUGGCCGCUUUUCAGUUCAGGGCCUCGGGGUGCAAUCAUGGCAGCUCUUAUUCCAGGUGCCAACAUAAUAAAAAUGCUUCUUAUUGGAUCUGGUUUGUGGAAAGAUGAAGCCACUGUGAAAUCAAUGAGCAGAUUUGGUGACCGCAGGGAACUUCUCAAGGGGCCGCUAUACUAUGCUACAACAAUCACACUGGCUUGUGCAAUCUGGUGGAGGACUUCCCCUAUUGGCUUUGCAGCUAUAUGCAACCUAUGUGCUGGAGAUGGGAUGGCAGACAUUGUGGGUAGAAGGUUUGGCAGUCAGAAACUACCUCACAACAGAAACAAGUCUGUAGCUGGGAGCAUUGCAAUGGCACUGUCUGGUUUCUUAGCAUCUGUUGGGUAUAUGCAUUAUUUUGCCUCAUUUGGGUAUGUUGAGGAGAGCUGGGGGAUGGUAUUAGGGUUCCUUGCUGCGUCUGUUGCAUCAGCCAUUGUCGAAUCGCUCCCCAUAAGUACCGAGCUCGAUGACAACCUCACUGUGACUCUUGCUUCUGUGUUAGUAGGGAAACUUGUUUUCUGAUGCGAUGAUAGGAAGGCCUAAUGAGGUUAUUCCGAGCACGGAUUUGUGGUGUUACAAACACCAGCAGUGGCAAGGCCAGGGGCAAUGUAGGAGAUGAACUUGUAAUUGUUGUAUCUGCAUAUUGAAUAGAGUAAGCUAAGUAAUGUGAUUCGGUAAUUCAGAACUUGCUUCUAUGAUGUGUUUAGGCUGCCAAUUAUUGACAAGAUCUUGAGAUUCUAUGUAGAGUUUGCAGAUUCUCUGCCUGCCAGUAACUUUAUAAGUUGUAUUUUCUUGCACCUUUAAUUGGAUUUGUUUAAUCAUGAGGUUUGUUGGAGAAAUUAUUGACAUAAGCAAAUAGCAUAGUGCAAAGUAUGUCCAAUAAAAUUAUUAAAAGG